AUGAAUCUUGUUGCUCUGGUCCUCCUGAUAUUACACAUUUUCAUUCUUUCAUGUGUAGAUGCAGGCACAGUCGUUUUGAUGAAUUCCAACAUCACUCAGUCUUUCGAAGACAUGGAAGGUUAUUUCUCUCCAUCAGAAGAGGCUACCGUAGAAACCGGAGUCCUUUACGUGGCUGAUCCUCUCGACGCAUGCCAAAAGUUGAGGAAUAAACCGAAGCAGAGCACUAACGGUACUUUCCCUUUCGCGUUGAUCGUGAAAGGAGGCUGCAGUUUUGAGCACAAAGUCAGAAACGCUCAGGGAACCGGUUUCAAAGCUGCCAUUGUCCAUGACGAUGUGGACCGUGACUUCUUAUUAGCUAUGGAAGGAGAGGAGUACGGUAUCAACAUUCAAGCGGUUUUUGUGACGAAAGCAGCAGGAGAAACACUCAAGAAAUACGCUGGCAUGGCGGAAACAAGAGUCAUGCUGGUCCCUAGUUUAGAGGACUCGGGGUUGUCGUUGUUAGCGACCACAGCAUUGGUUGUAUCGUUGGGCAUGUUCGUUGUUCUGACCACUUGUAUUUACAUCUGUAGACGUUGUACAUCACCUAUAACAUCCCAGUUCCAUGGAAUGAGCAGUAGAACGGUAAAAGCAAUGCCGAGUGCUACAUUCACUUCUGUGCGCGGAUACACCACAACAGCUCUGUCUUGCGCUAUCUGCCUCGAAGACUACAGUGUUGGGGAGAAGCUCAGGGUCUUACCUUGCUGUCACAAGUUUCAUGCCACUUGUGUAGACGUGUGGCUUACAUCAUGGAGAACGUUUUGCCCUGUGUGUAAACAGGAUGCAAGAAUAAGCACGGACGAGCCAUCAGCUUCAGAGAGCACACCGCUCCUUGCAGGAUCAUCUUUAGUGCAUAUAGACCCUCCUCCUGUGGGAUCCUCACUUUUGCCCACGACCUCGUCCUACAGUCAACUAUCUUUCAGGUCUUCUCCCUCUCAUGAAAGCUGGCCAUCGCCAAUAAAUGUCAGCCAUAUAUCUGCGGAUUUCAGGCAACAAGCAGCCUCCCCGUUGCGGUCUUCAUCGCAGAGAUCAUACAUCGCCUGUAUAGGCUCGUUGGACUCACCAUUUUACUCGAACAUAGCAUCUCUGAACGAGAUGAUGCUACCAUAUCAGACUAGCCCAAGCAAUGCGUCCCCUGGGUUUGUCCAAUCAAUAAGGCAUCAGUUCAACUCUUCGCUUUCCAGGGAAUCAGAAGGUUCAUCAUCUCAUUUCGCCUCUGCACACUCGCCGGAAGAAUGUUAG